AUAUGAAAACUAUUUGCUGUGUACAUAAUUAGAAACUAGCGGGCCAACGAUGCUGGAAAGGCUCUCCUCAUCAGUGAUUUUUAUGUCUAUUUCUUGAGUUUCACGUGAAAUUAUUAGCCUAAAUCCGUAAAAUAGUGAAUAUGCAACAUGCUGCUUCGGUAAACUUCAUCUGAAAGGGGACUAUUUAUGUGUUUAACACUCGUGCUAACACGAAAUCUCACCCGAGCUGCUUCCGGAUUGUGCUUCAUGUCGCUACCCGGCCCAUCCCCCGUGGAAUUUGCACGGUGGUAGACUGUGUACGUUCAUCCCUGCAUGCUGUGCUGCAAAUAAUUGAACAAACUGAGCGAGAGUAAACCAUUGAGUUACAUGCCAAUAUGGGGGAAAUGGCUGCCAGUUUUCUACAAUUUGGCGAUAUCGUAUCGCUGUUUGCAGAAGGCAGUGUGAAUGGAUUCAUUCACACCCUCGGGUUGGUUGACGACAGGUGCGUUGUUCAGCCUGAUGCUGGCGACCUUUCAAAUCCCCCGAAAAAAUUCAGAGACUGCCUCUUUAAGAUCUGUCCCAUGAACCGUUACACUGCACAGAAACAGUUCUGGAAGUCGGCUAAACCAACCAUCUCAAGUGCCACCGAUGCUGUCUUACUCAAGAAACUACAGCAUGCGUCUGAAUUGGAAAAGAAGCAGAACGAAUCUGAGAGAAAGAAACUCCUUGGCAGUGUGAUCCAGUAUGGCAGUGUCAUUCAGUUACUCCAUUUAAAGAGCAAUAAGUUCCUGACAGUCAACAAACGUUUGCCAGCUCUCCUGGAGAAGAAUGCAAUGAGGGUGACUCUUGACGCCAACGGUAACGAGGGAUCAUGGCUGUACAUUGUGCCUUUCUACAAGCUCAGAUCACAGGGAGACAAUGUUGUGGUUGGUGACAAGGUAGUCUUGAAUCCAGUCAACGCAGGGCAGCCUCUACAUGCAAGCAACUAUGACCUGGUGGAUAAUGCAGGCUGCAAAGAGGUGAAUGCAGUGAACUGUAACACAUGCUGGAAGGUAUCUCUCUUUAUGGAACACAAGGAAAACAUUGAGGAAGUAUUGAAAGGGGGUGAUGUUGUAAGGUUGUUCCACGCAGAGCAAGAGAAGUUUCUAACCUGUGAUGAGUACAAGAAGAAGAGCUAUGUCUUUCUCAGAACCACUGGCCGAGCUUCAGCAACGGCAGCUACCAGCUCCAAGGCAUUGUGGGAAGUUGAGGUUGUUCAGCAUGAUCCAUGUAGGGGUGGUGCCGGUCAUUGGAACAGCCUCUUUCGUUUCAAGCAUCUUGCCACAGGACAGUAUCUAGCUGCAGAGGCUGACAAUGACCCUACCAAAGACCCAACCAGAGAGAAGUUAAAAGGGCCUCAUGGAGGGACAACCUAUCACCUUGUACCCAUGCACCAUGGCAAUGACAUCGCCUCCAUAUUUGAACUGGACCCUACCACUCUGCAGAGGGGGGACUCCCUGGUACCAAGGAAUUCAUAUGUUCGUCUCCGCCAUCUAUGCACCAACACAUGGGUUCAUAGUACCAGCAUACCUCUGGAUAAAGGAGAAGAUAAGCCUGUCAUGUUGAAGGUUGGUACAGCCCAGACUAGGGAGGACAAGGAAGCCUUUGCCAUCAUUCCUGUCCCACCCGCUGAAGUAAGGGAUCUAGACUUCGCCAAUGAUGCUAACAAGGUCUUAUCAACAAUAUCGUCCAAGCUGGAGAAGGGUGCCAUCACACAGAAUGAAAGAAGAACGGUGACCCAGCUGCUGACAGACCUGGUGUACUUUGUAGCCUUGCAGGAAAACCAGGGAGGAGAGGCCCUUUCAGUGGUCAUCACCAACCCUGAUAGAGAUAAACAGAAACUCAUGAGAGAACAGGAUAUAUUGAAACAGAUAUUCAAAAUCUUGCGAGCCCCUUUCAAGGGUGAGCAUGCCAUGCUGAAGCUGGAGGAACUCGCUGAUCCUAGACAUGCCCCCUACAGACACAUAUGCAGACUGUGCUACAGAAUCCUGAGGCUCUCACAACAGGCAUACAGAAAGAACCAGGAAUACAUUGCCAAACAGUUUGGCUUCAUGCAGGAGCAGAUUGGCUAUGAUGUCUUGGCUGAGGAUACCAUCACUGCCUUGCUACAUAACAACAGGAAGCUCCUUGAGAAACACAUCACAGCAGCGGAGAUUGAGACCUUUGUCAACCUGGUCAGGAAGAACAAGGAGAGAAGGUUCUUGGAGUAUCUGUCAGACCUGUGUGUAUCAAACAAUCAAGCUAUCCCCAUCACCCAAGAGCUCAUCUGUAAAUCAGUUCUCAAUGAUAGAAACAUGGACAUCCUCAUUGAGACCAAGUUGGUAAAGACAGAGCUUGAGUUGGAGAUUGAAGUGGAGGGCGAAGAUGGCACACCUGGUGAACCAGUCAUCACCAUCGAGGAAGAGGAAGAGGUCGUGCUCUUCUGGGAAAAAAGUCAAAGGUCAAAGGGCAUACGCGAGCUUGCCAUGGGUGCUGCAGACAAUGUCAGAGAGGAUUCAGAUGUUCUGGGUUACUACAGGUACCAGCUUGACCUAUUCUCUCAAAUGUGCCUGGACCGUCAGUACCUUGCCAUCAACCAGAUCUCUAUCCAGCUCGACAUCGAUCUCAUUCUUCGCUGCAUGGCAGAUAUGAACCUUCCGUAUGACCUUCGAGCGUCCUUCACCAGGCUCAUGCUUCACAUGCAUGUUGAUCGUGACCCCCAGGAGCAGGUGACCCCUGUCAAGUAUGCAAGGCUAUGGUCAGAGAUACCAACCCAGAUUACCAUUGAUGACUAUGACACUCAUAACAACGUUGGAAAUACAUAUGCCAAAGAGGAUGUUAGACCCAAGUUCUCGGACACCAUCAAAUUUGUAGAGGAAUACCUAUGCAACGUUGUCUCAGCAACAUGGUCCUUUGCCGACAGUGAGCAGAACAAACUCACCUUUGAGGUGGUGAACCUUGCCAAGAACUUGAUCUACUUUGGAUUCUACAGCUUCAGUGAGCUCCUGCGUCUGACCAAGACCCUUCUGUCCAUCCUGGACUGCACUCCGGCCUCCAGUCUGGCCUUAGGGGGAAAGCUUGACCCAACCAGAGAGAUUGAUAAGAGGUCCUAUGCUAUCCGAGGUCAAUCACAUUUAACGGAUGAGAGCAAGGGAGGAGUGUUCCGAUCCAUCCAUGGUGUCGGAGCAGUGAUGACAAACAUGGUGCUAGGGACUGGUCUACCUAACGCUGGUAGGACUCCCAAUCCAGCCAACAAGACCAAUAGACUGGAUCCAGGCAAUAAGGAGGAUGAAAGAGUCAUGGAAACCAAACUCAAAAUCAUUCAGAUUUUGCAGUUUAUUCUGAAUGUCCGACUGGACUACCGCAUCUCCUGCCUGCUGUCCAUCUUCAAGCGAGACUUCGACGAGACCAAAGACGGCCAGGACCAAACCGGUCAACCGCAACAGCCGGUCCCCAACCAGAAUGGGUCCACCAACUCCACAUCCUCCCACAUAUCCAACAAUACAGGGACAGCAGGAGGGGGAACGGCAGUGGGAGGCGGGGGUACGGACCAAUCGGGGAUCAACCUGGAGGCCAUUGGGGAUCAGGCGGAAGGCAUCUUUGAGGGCCAGAUGGAUGGGGUUGAUCUGGACCUUGAUGGGCAGGGGGGCAGGACGUUCCUGAGGGUGCUGCUGCAUCUGACAAUGCAUGACUACCCACCGUUGGUGUCUGGGGCAUUGCAGCUGCUGUUCAGGCACUUCAGCCAGAGACAAGAGGUGCUACAAGCUUUCAAACAGGUGCAACUGCUGGUGACCAAGAAAGACCGUGAGAACUACAAGCAGAUCAAGAAGGACCUGGACGAGCUUCGGCUGCUUGUGGAGAAGUCUGAGCUCUGGGUCUACAAGAGCAAGCUUGACAGGAGUCGCAAGAAGAAAGAUGACGACGAUGAUGAUGACAAGAGAAAGAAGUCAAAGUCAAAAUCAAAAUCAAAACUGAUGUCCCAAGCAAGCAGUGUUGGAGAAGGGUCAUCCAUCGACCUUGACCUUGGACCUUUGGUUGACCCAACCAGUGCCCGCAACUACAAGACCAUUCAACAGAUUCUGUGUCGUCUGAGUUCCUUGUGCAUCAAUGAAAGCGGUGGAGUAAGGAAGAACAACAAACAUGAACAGAGGCUACUGAGGAACAUGGGUGCUCAUGCAGUGGUGCUAGAACUCUUACAGAUCCCGUUUGAUAAGGCGGCUGAUACAAGGAUGUUAGAGCUGUUGCGAUUGGCCCAUGCAUUCCUGCAGAACUUCUGCUGGGGCAAUCCAUCCAAUCAGCUUCUUCUUCACAAACACAUCCACCUUUUCCUUAAUCCAGGGCUGCUGGAGGCUGAGACCAUGAGGCACAUCUACAUGGACAAUGUCCAGCUGUGCAGUGAGGUCUCAGAGAAGGUGGUCCAGAGCUUCGUCCAUCACAUAGCCACUCAGGGCCGUCAUGUCCAGUACCUCAGGUUCCUGCAGACCAUUGUCAAGGCUGAUGGACAGUACAUCAGGAAAACACAGGAUAUGGUCAUGUCAGAGUUGGUGAGCGCUGGAGAAGAUGUUCUUCUGUUCUACAAUGACAAGGCCUCCUUCAACUCCUUCAUCAACAUGAUGAGGAUGGAGAGGGAGCGCAUCGAUGAUUCCAGCCCCUCCCAGUACCACAUCCAUCUCGUGCAGCUCCUGGCAUGCUGUACGGAGGGCAAGAAUGUCUACACGGAGAUCAAGUGCCAUUCUCUCCUGCCGCUGGAUGAUAUCGUCAGGGUGGUGACGGAUAUAGACUGUGUACCAGAGGUCAAGAAUGCUUACAUCAACUUCUUGAAUCACUGUUAUGUGGACACUGAGGUUGAGAUGAAAGAGAUCUAUACCAGCAAUCACAUGUGGGAUCUCUUUGAAAACUUCCUGGUUGAUAUGGCAUUGGUAUGUAAUGCAACAACAGACAGGAAACAUACAGACAUCAUGCUUGAGAAGUAUGUUACAGAGACUGUCAUGAACAUCAUCACCACAUUCUUCAGCUCACCAUUCGCUGAUCAGAGCACAGCUGUACAGUCCCACCAACCCAUGUUUGUGCGUCUGCUGCAAGGUGCAUUCAGGGUCUCAUUGUGUCAAUGGUUGUCGGGACAACAGAAGUACCAUGUAGAGAACUGCAUCAAGACUCUCACAGAAAUUGCUAAGAACCGAGGCAUCGCCAUCCCUGUAGACCUGGACAGCCAGGUGAACACCAUGUUCUCUCGCUCUCAAACUCUGAUGAAGCACACGCGUCAUUGGUUGAGUCAAGGCAGGCUGAGAAGAGACUCUAUGAUGGCCAUCUCCAGAGACUACAGAACCAUCAUUGAAGGCUUACAGGACAUUGUAUCGAUUCUUGAGGAUCAGUUGAGACCCUUGGUCCAGGCAGAGUUAUCAGUGCUUGUAGAUGUGCUGCACAGACCUGAGCUCCUCUUUCCCAUCGGUACUGAAGCCAGACAGAAGUGCGAGAGCGGAGGUUUCAUCAGCAAGUUGAUCAAGCACACAGAGAAGCUGUUAGAGGAGAAUGAAGAAAAGCUUUGUAUCAAAGUGCUGCAGACACUGAAGGAGAUGAUGACUGUUGACAUCAACUAUGGAGAGAAGAUGGCUUCUUCUGUUUAUAGACACUUGAUACCACCAAAUUUGAGAGCGCAUUUCCAAAUGAAGGGCGAGAACCUGCGACAAUCCCUCCUCUUCCGUUACUACGGCAAGUCCCACCCCCACUACACCCGGGAGAGUGAGUCCACCCAUCAUCACCAUCACCGGAUGUCCACCGUGGUCAGCCCCAGUAACCCUGGCCACUUGAUGCUGAGCAGGGCGGAGCUGACCCUGGCCAUGGUACAGAACCAGCUUGACCAACAGGGAGCUUCCAUCCUGGUGAUUGACCUGGUGGUGAGGAAUAGCAGUAACAGGGUGUUCCAGGAGAGCGUGGAGCUGGGGAUAGCUCUACUGGAAGGAGGCAAUCCUAAUAUUCAGAAAUCCAUCAUCAAGCAUCUCUCAUCAACGGAUAAGAAAUCUGAGCGUUUCUUCAAGGUGUUCUACGACAGGAUGCGAGAUGCUCAGGCAGAGAUCAAAGCCACUGUAACAGUGAACACGGGGGAAGGCAUCACAGGGAAAGCAGCUGAUGAGAAGGAGACUGGAGGAGCAGGAUCAGGAGGAGUAGGCAGCAAAGAGGGUACCCUUGGGGGCCAUCAAAGGAGGAUACGAAUGCACAAUGGUUCUAUCAGUGACGACCUGAAGGAACAGCUUGUGGAUGCUGCCCUCCAUACCAGCAAAGCCUUCUCCGCUCUGAGGAAGGGACGAGAUGAUGAGCUCGGGGAGAGGGGUGGUAUCGGGAUGACCAACAUGGAUGCCUUGGGUCAGAUAGAGAAGAACAAGGAUGAUGAGAAGGGUCUGAUGAGUCCAGAGGUCACUAUCAUGGAACCUAUCCUCAGGUUCUUGCAGCUCAUGUGUGAGAACCAUAACAGAGAUCUCCAGAACUUUUUGAGGCACCAGAACAGCAAGACGAACUACAACCUAGUGAGUGAGACUCUUCAGUUCUUGGACUGCAUCUGUGGAAGCACCACAGGAGGACUAGGACUGCUAGGAUUGUACAUCAACGAGAAGAAUGUCACUCUCAUUAAUCAGACGUUAGAGAGUCUUACAGAAUACUGCCAAGGACCUUGCCAUGAUAACCAGAACUGUAUUGCUAACCAUGAAUCGAAUGGGCUUGACAUCAUCACAGCACUCAUCCUUAAUGACAUCAAUCCACUCGGCAAGAACCGCAUGGAUCUGGUUCUUAAACUUAAGAAUAAUGCAUCUAAACUACUCCUGGCCAUCAUGGAGAGCAGACAUGACAGUGAGAAUGCAGAGAGGAUCCUCCUCAAUCUAAGCCCUAAGCAACUGGUGGAAGUGAUCAAACAGGCCUACCAACAGGAGGACAUUGAGGUUGAUGAGGAUGAUGAGAUCGGUGGUGAUGACGAGGAGGAACCUAUCUCACCUAGAGAAGUGGGUCACAACAUCUACAUCCUGGCACAUCAGCUGUCCCAACAUAACAAGGAGUUACAUGCCAUGCUGAAGCCAGCUAACCCAUUGGACUUCAGUGAAAAGGCAUUAGAAUACUAUGCAGGUCACACGGCACAGAUUGAGAUCGUACGUCAUGACCGUACCCUGGAGCGGAUUGUGUUCCCGGUGCCUCCGGUCUGCGAGUACCUGACCAACGAGACCAAGACCAAGGUCUUUGUGACAGCAGAGAGGGACGAGCAGGGUAGCAAGGUUGCUAACUUCUUUGAGCAGACGGACGACAUGUUCAUGGAGAUGCAAUGGCAAAAGAAACUCAGAGCUAAGCCGUUUUUGUCCGUGGCAAGUAACAACAUGACAAGAUGGAGUUACAUGUGCUUCACUCUGCACAUUGUGAUGAACAUCAUUGUAGCUUUCUUCUAUCCAUUCAAGGAUGGCACACUAGAUUUUGAUCCUCGUCUGUCUAGACUGGUAUGGACUGUGAUGUUCCUCUCUCUAGCAACCAUCCUAGCCCUACCCAAGCCAGCAGGGAUCAGGACGUUCGUCAUAGCAACGGUGCUUCAGAUGAUCCUUCUCGUCGGGGUCAUCCCUACUCUCAGGUUCCUAGGGAUUCUUAAUAUCACGACCAAAAUAGUAUUUAUAAUGAGUUUCUUUGGCAAUCGAGGCUUGAUGAAUAAGCGCUUUCGCAGCGUCAUCACAAAUUAUGAAGUGCUCUAUCACUUUGCGUAUGUGCUCAUGUCUGGAUUGGGUAUAGCAGUCAAUCCUCUCUUCUACAGCGUGUUGAUGUUGGAUGUAAUAUACCAAGAGGAGACGCUUCAUAAUGUCAUCAACUCAGUGACUCGUAACUGGAGGUCUAUUGCCUAUACCACCUUGCUGGCUCUCAUCCUGGUCUAUCUCUUCUCCAUCGUUGGAUACCUCAACUUCCGAGACGACUUUGUGAUCGGCGUCACACCGCCGCAGCAUAACGCCACCUCCAGUGUUACCCCACCGUCGGCCCCCGCGGCCCCACCCCCUCUGCCAGAACCCGGUCCAGUCUGUACGGCUAAAGGAGGAAACUGCAGUGGCCAGAGUGUGAGACCUCGCAAUAUCUACACCAUGCCUGAAGCAGUCGCAGAAGAAGUAGAAAGUUCAGAAACAGCUGUUGCCAUGGAGGAUGAAGGAGAGGAUGAGAGGUUCUGUGAUACCCUUAUCAUGUGUAUCAUUACCACCCUCAACCAUGGGCUCAGGAGUGGAGGAGGUAUUGGAGAUGUUCUCAGAAGCCCUUCAAACGGGGAGCGAUGGUUUGGUCUGAGAGUGAUGUACGACCUUCUCUUCUUCUUCCUCGUCAUCAUCAUUGUUCUCAAUCUCAUAUUUGGUGUUAUCAUCGACACCUUUGCCGAUCUUAGGAGUGAGAAACAACAGAAGGAUGAAAUUCUCAGGAACACUUGCUUCAUAUGUGGUCUGAAUCGAUCGUCCUUUGACAACAAAUCAGUGACGUUUGAAGAGCAUAUACAGGAGGAGCAUAACAUGUGGCACUACAUGUACUUCAUAGUGCUAGUCAAAGUCAAGAACUCAACAGAGUUUACAGGACCAGAGAGUUAUGUCUCCGACAUGAUAAAGGAGAAGAACUUGGAAUGGUUCCCAAGGAUGCGAGCAAUGUCCUUAGCAGCUGACGAAGGGGAGAGUGAACAGAAUGAACUGAGGAAUCUACAUAGCAUGCUAGAGAGUACCACUAAGCUGGUCCAGACACUCAGUUCUCAGCUUGCUGAGCUCAAAGAUCAGAUGACUGAACAGAGGAAACAGAAGCAGAGAAUUGGACUUCUCAGCACACCAGCAUUACCUUCCAUGGGACCACCCUAAAAUUGACCUCUGACCUCUGACCCCUGACCCCACCCUAGAGUGUCUCCUAACCCCACCCAAUAACCUUUCACCUCUAUUUGUUAUGAAGUCUAUUUCUUAUAAUAUAUAAUUGUAUUGCAUCAGGCUACUUUUUUGAUGCACUACUGAUAUUGUCUGUAGAUACAAUUUUUAUUUCACAGCUUUAUAUCUUUAUAUCUUUGCUCUAGUGUCGUGCAAAUGUAGAGUGACUUUGUUUAUUUAAAUAAGUACAUCAAUCAAUCAAUAUGCAUCAUUUUAUCAUUAGUAACAGUCCAUGUGGGAUAUGUUUCUAUAAUUUACAUAUUAUGCCAUUCUUUUUCUCCACCUAUAUUGAUAUUAUACUUUUGUUAAACUCUGAAUUCUGAAUUGAAAUUACCGUCUUGUGUAGAUUGGGUAAACCAACACUGUUUUAAUAUCGGGAUCAUCUUACAAACUACAGGUAUCUAAUGAACAAAUCUUAAUGAUAUGAAUUAGUUCAUUUUAUUUGAUGUAUAUCAGGUCAUGACAGUUACUUGAGAUAUAGACUGUCCUGGAUUAUGGUGCUAAUAUAUUUAUAUAUUAUAUUGAAGAAUAUUAUUCUGUCGCCAACUCUGAUCUUUUAUAUGCAGUUUAUUGUAGCUAGUAAAGAAUCGUGGUGUCCCAAGGUAUACUGUUAAUAGAUAUUAGUUAUUAGAGAUUAGUUCAGCUGUUAUUUGAAGAAAUCAAAAGUAAGUUCUCAAUUAUGGAAUGGAAUGGUUUACUCUCAGAAAGCCAGCAUUGACAGAUUAUACAAGUUAACAGCAUUAUAUCCAGGAGUAACGUACUAUUCAGCGGUUUUCAGGGCACAAUUUCAAAUAUGACAAGUUUAUCAAGAAAAAAAUUACUUUUAAGCUUUGUGUUUAUGAUUCAUAUUAGAAAUUACAAUUACAAUUUCAUUUUUUUUUUCUAUUUCAGUUUGAAUUCAUUUAUACACUAUGAUGCACAGAUGGAGAAAACUCAAUUUCAAGUUUUUGUUUGUAUAAUAUUAUUUACUGAGAGCCAGAAGGGCAUGAAUCAAGUUUUUACAAACUAUUUUGGGUCCUGGCAGAUAUCUUUGGAAUCGGGUUAUGUCAUGUAUGUAUUUUUAUUUAUUCAUGAAUUUGGAAACUAGAGAUUUUUGCUCACACCAUUUUGUAAUCACCUCUAUGCACCUUGUGAUUAACUUGCAAAGAAAACCACUUGAAAGAAAGGUGCAUGUUAAGAAAUAGAAUGCUGAAGUUUGAACUCUCUUUGUAUAUUUCUAAAUGAAACCUUUAUAAGAUUUGAUAUAAUCAUGACAUCAUUUUGAAUAUUUUUAGAACAGUAAUAUAAUACAGUUCUUUUCAUGUGUUGACCCUUUUCUUUCUUUUUUCUUUUUUUUGAAAAACAAAAAUGACAUACCUUGGACAAGAAAAGUGCCGUUUGUAAAAAUCAAUUAACAAGAAAGAAAUUAUGAAUAUAUUUUGUUUGAAUCGUGAUCAUGUUUAUAAAAGAGAUAUAUUUGCUGGUUUUUAUCGAUGAUGCAUCAAUUUGUGGUAGAGCAUUAGCACUGGGAAUAAUGUUAACAUUGAUAUCAAUGGCUGAUUUGGAAUGUAAUACAAAUUUUUUUUAAAUGCAUAUUUAGCAUGAAUUGUGGUAUAGCUAUUUUCUUUUGUUACGUAGAAAGGAAAUCUAUACUGCAUUGAUUUUUGUAAAACCUGUAUUUCAUUCAAUUUCAAGUUAUUUUUAAAGGGGUUGGGGACAGCAACUUCAAUCAUGCAGCAUUAAACAUAUCUAUGCAGAGUUGUUGCCAGGUUUGAUUUGUGGGCAUGAUCAUGAUUUGAUAUAAUUACAUUAAAAAAAAAACUUUAUAUCAAAGAACAAUUCAGGAGAUAUAAUGAUAUGCUUUUCAGUACGAUUAAGAUAUAACUCAGAUAUAAUGCUGCAUAUCAAACUCUCAUACUUUGCCACAACUUUUGAGCCAUUCAGCUGUGCAUUUGUAAUCAGUUUUAUAGUGAUAAACUACAUUUUAAUGAUGGAUUACGUCUUGUCCGUACAUGAUGCUGUGAAGAAAAUGUAUGUUGGCACAAUAAUGCUAGACACGCUCACUUAUCUGAGUUUUUAUAAGAUGCAGAAAUGUUAGGUGCACUAUGCUAAUGUCAUUUUAUUUUGCAGUCCGGUUACUUUUGAGACAGUUUAAUUGGUUAUAUGUGAACAAGGUGUUUAGAAAGCAAUUUUACAUGCAUUGAACAUUUUUUCUUUUUUGGUACCGGUACUCUUGAAACACAAAACCCCUGGAAUCCAAGCAUAAAGUAAUCAUGACUCUCAGGAGCAUCUCUGAUUUUAUCAUUACUAAAAUAGUAAAUAUUGGCCAAUCUCAUUAAACAUGAUUGAGACCUUGGUUUUCUCAGCCCAAUCUCUUUGUAAGAAAGCAUUGUUCAGAGUUCAUUAACAUCAAUGGGAAAUGCAACUAAAUGAUGCAAUACCACUCUGGACUCGGGACGUUUGUUGUGCGUUACAUGUAGCCUUGAUACAUGAUUCAGGAUUUCAAUAUAGUUAAUUGAAAUAUCACAAUGCAAUGCUUUCUAGAGAAUAGUGCAUUAGGCCACAUUCACACGUGAUCUGUAAACCGAUUUGAAAAAAGAAAAUGUUUGACAAAUGCAUAGCUCACUUCAAAUUUCUGUAUCUAUUAUUAUUAUUGUUAUUUAUUAUUUUUAUUGUUAUUAUUAUUAUUAUUAUUUUUGUUGAUUAUUAUUAUUAUUAACAUUAUUAUGGUAACACACAGAAAAACAAGGAAGCUUUAAUAGAAGUCUUUGCUGCACUCAGCUAUCAUUUUUACACCCCACUUGCCACUCAUUAAUGCCUACAAUAGUGCUGUUUUGUCACACAUUGUUUUACCAAGGUAUUUUACAUUAUGUGUUAUUGAAGCAUCAGACUACCAGCCAACGCCAGACUUUAUGUAAAUCAUUACGUCAUGUUCUCUUGUUUCAUUUAAGAAGACUCUCCACAGUACAAAUUAUAAUUAUUUUUUAAUUAUUUUUUAAUAAAAUGAUUGUAUUUAUGAAGAACACACUUAGUAUUUUUAGUUGCAGGAGCUAUAUUGCAAAAUGAAUACACCUGUAAAUGGACCCCCCCCCCUUUAUUUUGUAAGAUCAAAUAUCAAUGACAUUGCCAUUCUACUUGUGAUUUCAAGAGAUGUUUAUGUAAAGCAACAUCAGUCCAAUGUGUGAUUUGCUGUAAUGAGCAAGACAUAAAUGUUUUGAUUUUAAAAAAGAAGACAAUUUUUGAAAAUAACCACUCCAAGCUUUCUUCAUGCAUGAAAUUAUCAGAUGUAUAACAACAGAGAAAUUAUUGUAAGAAAGAAACAUAAAAUUAUGUAACCCUUUGAUGAGGCUUUUAAAAUUGUGUUUCUAAAGGGAGUGGCAAAAAUAAAUAAAAUGAUAAUCAUCUUGACAAAUAAGAUAGAUAAAGAAAGAUAAUUGGCAUGUCUAUGACUCGCGAUAGAUUGAUGUGGUGUAGAAUGAUAAACAAGAGAUGCAACACGAGUCAAACAUACCAGACCUCAAAACACACAGUGAAAGGGAAGAUAAAACAUAUCUACAAAAGAAUUCAACUUCAUGGCAUGCCUGCAGUGUCAACCUAAUCUGUCAGGAUUGUAAUGGCCCGGAACUGACCAAUGCAGGUCUCUGUUGACGUAACGGUCAUUUAGAUCUGUCGGCAAUGUUGCCCACUCGCUGAUGGAUGCUGCCAAUUUCAAAAGUGACACUUUGUAAAUUACCUCGUUUAUCAUCAAGAAAUGGUGCCUACCUUUUUAAAUCGGAACCAUUAUUGUCCAUGAAUAGAAAGUCCAUCACCAUCAUGCACAUUAUUUAUGGCUUUUGAUAUAUAUACAAUAUUUAUAACUCGCGUGUUUCAUCUGUAAAAAGCGCACACUAGAGAAAGUGGUAUUACAAUGGUGUUGUAUUUAUUGUUUAUACACAAAAGGUUCUUUUUAUGACCAAUUAUAAACUAAAUAGUUGGUAGAUACAUGUAAGGGUAUUGUUGUAUAUUGAUACUAUUGCCCAUCACAAUGGUUUGUGGUCAUAUCCUCUUUUCUUUUUUUAUAGCUCUCUCAUAGAUUGAUAUGCAGGGAGAUGAUUCAUAUAUAAGGUGCUUUAUUUUUUAUCGUAAUUUAUGCUAAUGACAGAUUAUGCACUGGAAUAGAGUAAUGGGUGGUAGUAGUUUUCUAUGAAAUAAUAUAUACAAAUACCAUGCAUGUAAGAUACAUGUUUGUGUUUCAGUUGAAUGCUUGCAAUCAGUAAUUGGGACUUGCACAUGUACAUGUAAAAUGUAGACACUCGGUUUCAAUUGUAUGUAUUAGAGGAUGGGCCUUUUUUUUAAAUAACCACCCACCAUCAGCUGUUUACUCGUGCUAGAGUAUUUAGUAAUUAGGGAUUUAUGAAUAUAGCCUGGGAUGCCAUCAUGAUGUUAACACACAAUUGUUCUAUUUUGUAUUUUUGUAUCCAAAGUGUGACUUCUAAAUCAGAUAGAAUACCAAUCAUGAGUUCAAAAUUACCAAAGAGUAUGAACCUUGAUCUCUGUGCUUUCACUGUAUGCUUACAACUUUCACCACGUGCUUACAACAAAAGCCCCCAAAGUGCUCUUUCUGUUGUCUAUCUUUAUCAACAAUCAGGUAUCCUAUUGCCUUUCUGUAACUGAACUAGAUUGAGGUUUUGAAGGAGAAAGAGCAAGUCAAAACUAUUUUCCAUCAUAUGUAGAUGAUAUUAUGAUCACCCCCACAGAUCUCUUUGUGUUGUCUAUAUUGAUAAUCAGGUAUCCUAUUGCCUUUCUGUAACUGAACAAGAUUGAGGUUUUGACGGAGAAAGGGCAAGUCAAAACGAUUUCCAUCAUAUGUAGAUGGUAUUGUGAUCAUCCCUCACAGAUCUCUUUGUGUUGUCUAUAUUGAUAAUCAGGUAUCCUAUUGCCUUUCUGUAACUGAACAAGAUUGAGGUUUUGAAGGAGAAAGGGCAUGUCAAAACUAUUUCCCAUCAUAUAUGGAUGGUAUCAUGAUCACCCCCACAAUUCUCUUUGUGUUGUCUAUAUUGAUAAGCAGGUAUCCUGUUGCCUUUUUGUUAUCUGGAUUGAACCGGAAUGAGGGUUUUCAACAAGAUAUAAGAAUAAACUCAAGCAAUGAUAUGUUGUCUGUUGAGAAACCAAAGGGUGUUACCUCUUUGCAGAAGCUAAUGAUUGAAUGCCCUUCUGGGUUCUGGCUCCUAACAGACAAUAAAUCAAUAUUAUUCAAUCACAGAUCUCUAAAAAAUUGUGGUCUUUACCAAAAUGCUACCAUCUAUCCAUAUUUUAUUUAAUUGAUCUCUGUAUAAAUCUGUAUAUCAUCACAUGUUAUUUUUGGUACUUAUUGAUGUAAAACUAUUAAUCAUUAUUUUUGAUGUAAAAGGUCAAUCCCCUUCAAGCAAUGAAAUGCCUUGACACUUUUAUCACAUUGAAAACUCAAUCUCCAACAUUUUAUUGUCCAUUUUCCUGCACAGUGACACACAGAGAAGAUUAUAUUUUCUUUUGUGAUGAACAGUAGUUUGUAAUUGAUUAGAUUAUAUGUUUUAAGAGCCUACAUAAAAGAUAAACUAAAAGGAAUUUCAGUCAUUGUUUACAAUGAGUUUAAAACAGAGGUGCCUUUUGAAUACUUCAAGUACCUUUAUUGAUAACAUUUAUAGAUAAUAGGAUAUAAUGUAAACAAACUUUAUAUUAUUGAAAGAGUUCUCUGUCAAUAAAUAUGUUAUUUGCUAUUCAAAAUUUGUCUAGGUAUAUUGUAACAAUAGUUAUAUUAUAAUAAGGUUGAAUUCUACAAUUGCUACACUUUGACUUUUUUGUAAGAUGGGGUAUAAUGUUGUAAAGUGAUGGCAAAUAAUUUCUAAGAGAGAAUUUUGCAUGUCUGUAAUGUGUAUAUCAUCACAUGUUAUUUUGGUGGAAUUUUGUUAAGAAUGAAUGUAUUUAUUGAGAUUUAUAUGAAUGAUAAUUGAUAAAAUUCUAUAUUCUGCUUGCACAAAAUGAUUUCUCUUUUGGACAAAGCCCAAAUUGGACAGAACAAGUGACUUGCAAGAGACUCAAAUAUUAGUAUUUGUUAAAUGUAUGUUUGCAAGUGUGUACUAUUUUGUGAGUAUGUGAUUUGUUUGAGGUCUGUCUCAUUUUGCAUCAUGCGUUGUCAUGUGUUCCUAUGCUCUAUUUUAUUAGGAAGGCAUAUAUUGUAUAAUUCUGAAGGAAACAGCCAUAUAAUUGACUAUUGUAAGUUAUUAUUGUCACAAUUGAAAACUGUAUAUUAUUAUGAGCGAUAGCGGCCCAUAUUGCCUUGUGAUACGCCCCCAGAUGAUGCCUUUGUAUGUUGUGUAGAAAAGAUAUUUUCUAAAUGAAAUCAUGUUGUCACUGAUCAAAUAUGUUUGAAACAAAAUAUACUUGUUGACUUGUA